AUGGUCUUUGCGUUGGGGCCUGGGCGAGGGGCCUUGGGCGUGCCGCAACGCAUUUGCCCUGCCAAAGUGCUCGGCAGCCGCGCUGCAGCAAAACCCUUAGCGGGCCACACGUUUUCAGUUUGGUUCCGUAGCGCUUUCAAUUUCAUAGAGGUAAACUACAACAUUGUUUGUGUUCGGCGUUUCGGCGAAGCGUUUUCGCCCAAGGCAGCCCUCUGUUGCGCACAGUCGGGAGCGGACCGCGCCCUCAUUCUUUGUAUAUUUUCUGACUACUUUCAAUGCUCUAUCCAAACAACGCCCUCCCUCUCUUAG